GGAGCGUUCAUAUUGUUUUAUUUGUUGGUUGAUCGUUGACUAUGCUGCAACUCAUUAGGGAAACAAUGUUAAAAGAAUACGAUGAUUCACCAACUGGGGUGGAUUGUGAAUUAUUAUUCUGUAUUCUUAUGGAAGAAUGUAAACAUGUCUCACCCGAAGGACACUUAUCAAUAGAACUAAGAAAUUCUUUAGAAAGACAUAAAACAACAGUAAGAAAAAAAAUUGUGUCAGAGCUUCAGAAUGGUUGUGCUCCUUUAUUCAUUGCGUGCAACAGAGGAAUUGUAGAAAUUGUGAAAUACCUUAUAACAGUGUGUCAUGCAGAUAUUGAACAGAAAGGAAGGUAUGAGAUACCUGAUGAUCGAUCAGUGCAUUAUGUUACACCAUUGUGGUGUGCAGCAGUUUCUGGAAAACUUCCAGUAGUUAAGUGGCUGGUAUAUUAUGGGGCUAAAGUUAAUGAACUUUCAGAUUCUGGUUCAACUGCUGUGAGAUCAGCUUGUUUCAUGAGCUACAUAGAUGUUGUUAAAUAUCUGGUAGAGAAUGGUGCUGAUAUACUUAUACCCAAUUUUAGUGGUGGAACAUGUUUGAUAAACUCUAUACAGACUGUAGAAUUAUGUUCCUUUCUCAUAUGCAGCGGUGCUGAUGUAAAUGCAACAGAUAUUCAAAAUAAGACUGCCUUACAUUAUGCUGUUCAGGAGCAUAGGCUUGAAACAACUAAGCUUCUCCUGAAGCAUAAUGCAGAUCCUUACCUCAGAUCUAGAUAUAAUGAUGAUGCUCUUCAAACAGCAUGUUUAAAAGCAGCUAUUGAAAUUUUUGAAUAUUUAGUGGAAACAAUACCUUAUACUCCUGAAAGAUUAGCAGAUGCACAUGAAUUAAUGGGAGCUACAUGUUUUGAUGAUAAUAACAAUACUCAAAAUGCAUUAAAAUUUUGGCGUACUGCACUAGAUAUUAGAAGUGCUAAUGCAGUAAAUGGUGUUCCUUUACCAAAAAGGCCUGUGCUACCGAAACGUGAAAUAUACAAAAAUGCAACUGAAUUUACAACAAUAGAAGAACUUAAUGAAAUUGCACUUGAUUUAGAUGCUACGAGAAUACAAUGUUUAUUAAUAUGUGAAAGAAUUUUGGGUCCACACCACAAGGAUACGUUAUUCCGACUAAUGUUUAGAGGAGCUUUGUAUGCGGAUGCAUUCAUGUAUCAAAAUUGCAUCGAUUUAUGGCACAGAGCAUUAGAAAUUCGGGUGGAAAAAGAUUCGAUUUUACAUGCAGAUACGUGUUAUACUGCUCGAGCUCUUAUAAGACUCAUGGUUGAAUUAAACGAGAAAACGUUAGAGGCUGUAGAUCACAAUCAAGAUAAAGAAAAACCCAGGUUUUGCGAUGUAGUAGCAAUAUUUAAAUUACUUACGAGUCAGUUAAUAGAAGCUAAGGAACUCUUGGAGAAACGGCCAGUACAUAAGCGACAACGAGAGAGCUACGAACGAAUCUUAAAAUGCGUGACAUAUCUCAUUUACUUAUUGGUACAAACGGGAACAUCAGACGAGGAAAAGGCACUAACCAGAAAAUUAGUCCGUAAUUUAGUUAAACAAGAUCCUAGGUCCGCGUACACGGAAGAUACGUUGUUACAUUUUUGCGUUUGGAAAACGAAUACUACAAUUUUUCCUCAUUUAGAAGUUGUUCGGUUACUUUUGGAAUGCGGAGCAAAUGUUAAUGCGAGAAAUGAAUGGCGGUCAACACCCCUGCACAUAGCAAGCGAUCCAUAUAAUUUUCAAAAUUCGAUAGUAAAAUUAUUGCUGGACUAUGGUGCACAUUUGGAUAUACCAAACAAAGCAAGAAUAACUCCGUUGCAGUUAAUAUCCUCUAAUUCAAUGAACACCGUGAACCUUAUGAAGUAUAUUACUCUUCGAUGUUACGCUGCCCAAGCUAUUUUGAAAUACGGCAUUCGCUGUAGAACAGACACAGAUGUGCCUGAAACACUGUACCAAUUUGUGGAAUCUCAUAGAGAAUAAUGAAUAGUAAGUGGAAAAUGUACAUUCACAUUUCUCCUUUCAAUCACUUAUAGAACAAAAUUCAAUUGUAAAAGACGCACCAAUGUUUACUACACAAAUGUAUAUACGUAUAUAUAUAUAAUAUUUUUCCAAA